AUGGACAGCCUGUACGAGGCCGUGCAGAGCUCCAGCAACGCUCCCCCACUGCCCGUGCCCAGCCGCUCCUCCAGUCGAUCGUGCAGCCGCUCGUGCAGCCCGGCCGCCCUGCUGGAUGACAACGCGAGGUGGCGAGGCUCUGGGAGAUCCAUAUCCAUGGAGAUGCCUCACGUGCAGGGAAGCAACUCCAACAAAAAGAAAAGUAUUUUUAAUUUCAGGGCACACAUAUACAAAUCUGCAUCGGAUAAUGAAGCACUGGAUAACCCCAGCCGUAAUGCUGUACUUUGGCAGCCGGCCAGAAGCCGAGAAGAUUUGGUCCACAUCACCAGCAAUCACAAUGAAGAGACGAGGAAGGCGAAGCACAGAAGUGAAACCAAAGCAGGGAAGGGAGCUCAUCAUUGUGGCACAAAGAAAAAGGAGAAACCGCCUUCAGGCCAGAGCAGCCACGCUAAUGCGCCACUGGAGCCUAAACCGGCCAUGAAAAGAAGUCAGAAACCUGGAAGGAAAGCAGGUGGAAGGAGCAGGAAAGAGGGCUCCAAGAAAAAUCUCAGCUCCGCAGUGCACCCACCAUCCAGUGCUCUGAGCCCACCGACGGGACCCCACCGUCUGGACGUGUCAUACAGACAGAAGACCAAAGACAAGAGGCCCUACCUGGGCAAAGCCUCCACGCUCCCCCCUCAGGACAGCGCGGCUCCGGGCCGCUGCUCGGGUGGAGUCGACCUACCCGGCGGGGCGACGCCCACCCAUGCCCACCAGCAGCGCUGGAGCAACCCCGGCGACCGCAGCCCGGCCUGGGGGGCCAUCCAGCACACCUGCUGCAGGCCGCUCACGGAGUACCGCGCCUACGCCCGUGACUUCCCCACGUCUAACAAUCAGGAGUGGGAGGGCAGACGGCAGCAGGACGGGGGCUCGGGACAGGACUGUGGACUUCAAAUCUCCUCAAAGGUGCCGCGAUCGAUCACAGACGUGGAUCUGUUGGAGUCAAACGUGAGUUUGUCUUUAUAGUUAUGACUUUUUCAUUAACCAUUAAGUCCACGAAAAUGGAAAGGACACUAUUACAGCUUCAUAGAUCUCUGUACAGUCUGUACAGUAUACUGUAGUGUUACAGGACGUCUCUCAGUAAAAGCAUAAAACAAACAUGUCCUAUGUUGUAAAGCACAGAUGAAGUGAGCGUUCAAAUGAUGGACCUUUGAAUUGGGAUCCUUCAUAUGAACCACUGCCUCUCCAGGGAGUCAGGAGCAUCCAAAGUAAUGGAUUCAGAGCCUUAAUCUGGAUUGAAAGGAGUUUUCAUCUGAUUGCAAACUGUGGGAUUAAGCAGCGGGUUUGUCUGUCAAGUUCGCUCUUCUAUCACUAACUGAUUGAACGCCCUCCGCAUCGUAAACACAGCAGAAAAUCCCCAAAAGCGCCUCUCACUGCUUUAUUUUGCCAGACGACAGGUGGUUAUUUAUCGAUUUUCAACUCUACAGUGUGAAGUAUUUAAAAAAAACAGAAAAAAACAAAAUGAAAAAUCAUCAGUUUCAAGAGCAGAGAAGAAGAGGAAAUCAUUACAACACAGCAAAGUUGCCACUUUAAGCUGUUCCUCUGUCAUAAAUGAGCACUUCCUCAAACACACUAACCCCACAUGAAGAAAUGAAGGCAUAAAACUAUUGUCUGGCAUCAUUUACCAUAAGCCACUUCCCUUUUGCUGUUAAGGGGAAAUUUGGAGAGAUGAGUGGCACGCUGAUUUAAACCAAAUAUUUAUUUGAGUUUUUCUAGACACAGCCCUGUUUUGUAUUAUAUUAUUAUUACUCAGUCUAGUGGGUGUUUGAUUGACCUGUGGUGACACUAGUGCACAACUCUGAGCUCAGCAGUCAACCUAAUGUAACCCAGGUGCAGAUAUGACAUAAACCCAUUGCUCUCUAUCUCAUAAACAUUCACCACAAUU